ACUUGAAUGGCCUUGUGGGAAGUAACAUUUUUUGCUGCUGCCAAAGAGACUGAGGCUGCUGGCAGAGUGACCAGACUGAAGACAUUACAGCACUGAAUCAUCAACAGGUGUGAGAACUGGACUGUGUUACCAUAAUCAAAGGAGUGACAGUCAUCUCUGUGGCAGCUGACAGUACGAGCAUGUUUCCACCACCGACACGGAUCCUGAAGGCAGUUUGCUUCCGUCCAUCGAGCUGCUCGGUGUACCAUGGGCUGAUGGACACCAGCAUCGCUCCAGCUCUUGGGACUAUACAGAUCAUAGUGGGCCUGUUCAACAUUGGACUUGGGCCAGGACGAACGAGCACCAACCCCGGGGAUUUGGCCAGUUUGGGAGCUGCUUACUGGCUGGGUGCUGUGUUCAUCGUAACUGGAAUCAUGUCCAUUGUGGCCGGACAGUUUCCUUCUUCCUGCUUGGUGGGCUUCACUGUGUUUAUGAACGUUUCUGGAGCCAUCUUUGCCAUCACCGCCAUUGCGCUGUAUCUUGUAGACCUGUCAAACGCCUCUCUCCUCUGGAUGUGUGACCAGAGCUGGAAUGUUACCGAUUAUUACGAGGACAACUGCAUAAAUGUGGCUCUCUAUGGCCAGACUUUGCUGACUUCCAUGGACACCACGAUGAUCGCCAUGUCUGUCAUUCAGCUCUCUGUCAGUAUUAGGGUUGCUUAUCUGGGCAUCAAGGCGUUGACCAGUGGGAUGACAAAGGAAGAGGGUUGCAAAGAUGUGGAAGAUCAGGCGCCACAGCUGAAGGAAGUCCUCCUGAUGAAUCCUGGUGUCUGAAAUCAUUUCAGCACGACUGACAAUAAGCUGCACAUCAUUGUAAUACAUGUGUUUCUACGCACAGUACACGUGCAGAAAGUCAUUUAAAUUUAAGACACUACAAAUUAUUGCCAAUCACUGUGUUUUU